UCCGCAAUAACUCCCCACGCCAAACUAAAUUAAUCCGCCAAACACCGAGUGAGCCACGCCCCCACACGCGCAGCCGCAGCGAGCGAGGGAGGAAGCCAAGCGCCCAAGAAAACGCCCCGGUAGCCACCACCUCCACCAACCCCUCCAUCCAUCCCUUUCCCUCUCCUUCUCCUCGCCCGCCACCCCUACAAGAAGCCCCCGCCCGACCGCCGAUAGCUACCUAGCUACCACCCUCGACUCCCAACCUUCUCCGUUCCGUUCCGCCCGCCGGAGAUCCAGGAACCUAGAGUGGGAGCCCCAGGGGGACGGGCGGCGAUGGGAGGAAGGGGCGCGAUGCUCGCGGUCGUGGCGGUGGUUCUUGCGGCGGCGUCGGCGGCCGGGGCCGCGGCGGAGUCGAGGGAGGCGGCGGCCAAGGGGAAGUACCACGCGCUCUUCAACUUCGGGGACUCGCUGGCCGACGCCGGGAACCUCAUCCAGAACGGCACCCCGGAGAUCCUCGCCACCGCGCGCCUGCCCUACGGCCAGACCUACUUCGGCAAGGCCACCGGGCGCUGCUCCGACGGCCGCCUCGUCAUCGACCACCUCGCGCAAGAGUUCGGCCUGCCGCUGCUGCCGCCGUCCAAGGCCAAGAACGCCAGCUUCGCGCACGGCGCCAACUUCGCCAUCACCGGCGCCACCGCGCUCGACACGCCCUACUUCGUGGCCAAGGGGCUCGGCGACGUCAUCUGGAACUCCGGCGCGCUCAUGACCCAAAUCCAGUGGUUCCGCGAUCUCAAGCCCUUCUUCUGCAACACCACCCAGGAAUGCAAGAAGUUCUUUGCCAAGGCGCUGUUCGUGGUCGGUGAGUUCGGCGGCAACGACUACAAUGCACCCCUCUUUGCAGGGAAGGGCAUCACGGAGGCCUACAAGUUCAUGCCGGAUGUCAUCCAGGGCAUCUCCGAUGGUGUUGAGGCAUUGAUUGCCGAGGGGGCGGUGGAUCUGAUUGUGCCUGGUGUCAUGCCCACCGGCUGCUUCCCUGUGUACUUAAACAUGCUCGAGGAGCCAAAAGAUGGAUAUGGUGAACGCAGCGGGUGUGUCCGCCGGUUCAACACAUUCUCCUGGGUGCACAAUGCACAUCUGAAGGCCAUGCUUGAGAAGCUCCGGGCUAAGCACCCCAAUGUGAGGAUCAUAUAUGGUGAUUACUACACGCCAGUUAUCCAGUUCAUGCUUCAGCCUGAGAAAUUCGGUUUUUACAAGCAAGUGCCUAGGGCGUGUUGUGGGGCCCCAUCGACUCCUGAGAAAGCCGCUUACAACUUCAAUGUCACGGCUAAAUGUGGUGAGCCUGGUGCGACCGCAUGUGCUGAUCCAACAACCCACUGGAGCUGGGACGGCAUUCACUUGACGGAGGCUGCCUACCGCCAUAUUGCGAAAGGCUGGCUAUAUGGCCCUUUUGCGGACCAACCAAUUGUCCAGUCAUCGUGAGCAUGCAACUCCUGUUGUAGAGUGUAUCAAAGUAGAGCACUGAAAAAAUGGAGCGGGGAAAGUAGUUCUUCCAUACAGUUCCAAUGUUUGCAUACAUGUACAUCUCCAUUUGUUGAAUUCAUUACGGUGGGGGUACAAAGGUGAGAUAGGGAGGGCUGUCUGUCAAAGGCCUCAUUUCUUGAUUUGUCAGAGGGUAUAAAUAUGAAAAAUGUAACGCACACGUGAUCAUGUAUAUUGUGUCCCGGAAAUGUGAUACAGACUGUCUGCUUGAGCAGCUUCUGAUUCUCUGAUUAAAGAUGUGCCAGUUUUGGAAUUCUUAAA